AAUGGCAAUAACAAUGCUGUCGAUGCCAACACGCCGCAAGACAAUGUUGUGGAUAAUGGCAACACGCCGCAAGACAACGUUGUGGAUAAUGGCAACACGCAAGACAACGUUGUUGACAAUGGCAACACGCAAGACAACGUUGUGGAUAAUGGCAACACGCAAGACAACGUUGUGGAUAAUGGCAACACGCAAGACAACGUUGUGGAUAAUGGCAACACGCAAGACAACGUUGUUGAUAAUGGCAACACGCCGCAAGACAAUGCCAACAAUGGAGCAACAGACGGUGCUGCCAAUGGCGGUGACACCACGGCGGCAGACGGCCAGACUCUUGUCUUUUUCGAAGUCAACGGCGUGCCGGGCAACGAGUGCCUGACGUUCCGCAACAACGGCGAAAUCGUUGACGCAGCAUGUGUCAACACAGCCAUCGACCGCCAGAUCACUCCCACAACUCUCAACGGCCAGAACGUCCUGCGCGUGCAGCGAACCUUUACUGCUGGAUUCCGUCCCGAUCUCGUCAACGUGGAGGCUUGCGUCGGCUUCAACGGCACCGCUUUCCGCGCCGAGGACUGCAACGCACAGGGCAUUGAGUUUGUUACCUUCAACAAUGGCGAGCUCACGGCGUCGGGUGGAGCUUGUGCCAGCGGUCAUGAUGACUUGGCCCAGGUGACGGUCGACACGACUGGAAACACAUGCGCGACUUUCACGACCACUGUUGUUCAACCCGCGACAGCGUAAGAAGGCGUUGUCUGUACUCACGAAAGGAAGUGAUAUUUGGAGACGACACAAGGUGCUACUUUGAUAGUAAAACGACAGAUCUUCACCUCAAGUACUGAGGGAAUGGAUGUUGUGUGACUACUCCGACCAUGACUUGAAAGGAACGUAUGGAUGGGGAUGAAGCGGAUUAGGGGCUGUAUUAAUAUUAAAAAUAAGGGCUGAUGUUGCAUCUAGCAGAUGGAUAGGAUCA